AUGCCCAAGCCCGUCACGCGGGUCCGCGCGGGUGACGUGCAAGUGGGCCCAUCUACGUUUGCAUCGAUCCAGCUACUGGGGAAGGGUGAUGUGGGCCGGAACAAGGAGGAUGGACAGCUGUACGCGAUGAAAGUGCUUGCCAAGGCCGAGAUGAUCAAGCGGAACAAGAUCAAGCGUGUGCUGGCGGAGCAGUCGAUCCUGAUCGCCUCGAACCAUCCGUUUAUUGUGCCGCUAUACCACUCGUUCCAGUCGUCGGACUACCUGUACUUGUGUAUGGAGCACUGCGCGGGCGGCGAGUUUUUCCGCACGCUGCAGUCGCUGCCGGGGCGCUGCCUGUCGGAGGACGCCGCGCGCUUUUACGCGGCCGAAGUUGUGGCAGCGCUCGAGUACCUGCACCUGAUGGGCUUCAUCUACCGGGACCUGAAACCAGAAAACAUCUUGCUGCACCAGUCGGGGCACCUCAUGCUCUCGGACUUUGAUCUGUCGGCGCAGGCGCACGAGCAGACGGCGGCGCCCACCGUGUUCCAAGCGACGCCGCGCUCGGCGCCCAUGGUCGACACGCGCGCGUGCAUUGGAGACCUGCGCACGAACUCGUUCGUGGGCACGGAGGAGUACAUUGCGCCCGAGGUGAUCAAGGGGUGUGGGCACACGUCGUCGGUCGACUGGUGGACGCUCGGCAUUUUUGUGUACGAGAUGAUCUUUGCCACGACGCCGUUCAAGGGCACCUCGCGCAACACGACGUUCGCCAAUGUGCUGCGCAAGGACGUGUCGUUCCCUGACCACGCGUCGAUGAGCGCGCCCGGCAAGGCGUUCAUCAAGAAGCUGCUCGUCAAGGACGAGCACAAGCGCCUCGGCAGCCAGCUCGGCGCAAGCGAGGUCAAGCAGCACCGGUGGUUUGCACAGAUCUCGUGGGGACUCUUGCGGAACCAGACGCCCCCGAUUCGCCCGCGCACCGUCGACGCGCGCGCGCUGGUCCAGGCCGCAAUGGCUGACCCGGGCCGCACGCACGAGUGGGAGCACCAGUCCGUGGUCCGCGUCGAGGCUGACGACGUGUUCUACGACUUUCGCAACGUCACUGUGACGAGAUCUUCACCAUAG